AUGACGGCGGCGACACAACAAGAAAAGGAAUCGAUCUCAACGCCAAUCUCAGACCCUAACCCAUCCUUCUUUGCGCGUAACCUAGCCUCGAAUGGUAACGGCGACGAGCAUUUAGCAGUAGACGAGGAUGAAGAAAAGGAAUCACGGCCUACAAGAUGGAGCAUGGGAGUUUUGAACGAUCAUGACACCCACGAAGUACCUGGUUCUGUUCUGCUUUUGACCGGCGAUCGAAAUCAACCACUAGGCCUUGGAAAUGCUCCAGCCAGAACUUCUACGUCUUCUAUACCACAACCACCUUUAGCGCCCACCAAAACACGGCGUCAAUCCCGACAAGAUAAGGAACAGGAGGGCAAGAAGACUACACCAGAUGGAGCCAUCAUCCUUGAUCCUCAACCAGAUGAAUCAAACAACGACCCGCUGAAUUGGCCAAAAUGGAGACGGGAUUGUUCUUUACUCUCCCUGGGUCUAUACUGUAUGGUUGGCGGUGGUAUGACUCCAGUUCUGGCAGCUGGGUUCACCAAUGUCGCUUCAACCUAUAAUGUCACUGUUCCCAAGGUAGCGCUGACAACUGGACUGUACAUGAUGGGACUUGGCGUAGGCUCCGUUAUUGCUUCUCCAACCGCCAUUUUGUUCGGCAAACGUCCUGUUUAUCUUGCCAGCGCUAUACUUUUUGUUGCUACUUCUGUUUGGUGUGCUGCAUCACCAAGUUAUAACUCCCUGCUUGUGGCACGAAUAAUUCAAGGCAUGUCUGUCAGUCCCGUUGAAUGUCUACCUUCAGCUACGAUUGCAGAGAUCUUUUUUCUUCACGAGCGUGCUUAUCGUAUUGGUAUAUAUACUCUACUACUUCUAGGUGGUAAGAAUUUGAUUCCGCUAGUUAGUGCAGCUAUCAUCCAAUCAUUGAGUUGGAGAUGGGUUUUUUGGAUUGUCUCCAUAGUUGUAGGGUUUGUUGGCAUGCUUCUGUUCUUCUUCCUUCCUGAAUCUUUCUGGGAUCGAACACCACGCCCGAAGAGCCGAAAGCCCUCGAGAAACGCUUCGAGAAAUGCUUCGAGAGUUUCUUUGUUCUCAAACAAGUGGCAUUCUCACGCAGGCCCCGACAUGAAAGGGUCCAAUCAGGUUGAUGGAACUACCGAUGAUGGAAGCGCCGGAAAACUCGCAAUCAAGAAUUUACCAACCUUGGAACUUCCUCAGCGACCGUCUUCCGCUCAGACCCCUGCCCGCAAUCAUCAUGUCGAAUUCGCUAGCGACGAGAUCGAGAAGGGCAUUGAAGAGCACAAAGGCGACGGCCAUCUCCUCACCCCAGACCAAAUUCGUUUUGCUAGGACGGGCUCAGGGAGAAGUGUUGCAACACUUAAUAACCCCAUCCCCAGGGUUGAGUCCUUUGACCCUGCACAUGAAUUCAGAGACCGUGUGAUUCCUCUUGGUGGCGCUCCACCCACUCCUGCUCUGCACUCUCUUAACUCACCCUUUUAUGCGGAUUGUGAGAGCGGGAAUGUGGAUUAUCUCACCAGUCGGCCCAAUCACCAAAUUGACAUUGAGCCACUUCCCCCAAUCAGCGACAAAGAUGAUAUACCACCCAUCGCUCUUCCCACCGAAAAGUCACCUGGUGUUAAACGUAAACAUUAUACGAAUCAUCUCAGACAGCGUCCACCACUUACAUUCGUUCAACAGCUAAAGCCCUUUAAUGGCCGACUGACCCAUGACAACUGGUUCAGGGUAGCCCUCCGUCCGUUUAUAUUAUUCGCAUACCCAGCAGUUCUAUGGUCUGCUGGUGUCUAUUCAUGUGCCGUGGGAUGGCUCAUUGUGCUUUCCGAAUCAGUUGCUGUUAUUUAUCGUAGUAAAGACACCUAUGGAUUCUCCGCCCUCUCAACCGGCCUCAUCUAUCUCUCCCCAUUCAUAGGCGGUGUCCUCGGUACAGCUGUUGCUGGAAAAGUCAGUGAUAUUAUCGUUCGAGCAAUGUCUCGCCGCAACGGUGGUCUCUACGAGCCAGAAUUCCGUCUCGUUAUGGCUGCUCCUGUCGCAAUUACUACUGUCAUUGGUCUCAUGGGUUUCGGCUGGUCUGCACAAGUUCAUGAUUCCUGGAUUGUGCCUACAAUUUUCUUUGGCAUUAUCUCCUUUGGUUGCUCCCUAGGUUCGACGACCGCCAUCACCUUUUGCGUCGACAGCUACCGGCAAUAUGCUGGCGAGGCGCUUGUCACGCUUAAUUUCAGCAAGAACAUCUUCCAUGGAUUGGUGUUUAGUUUGUUCUUUAAUAAAUGGCUGACAAAUGAUGGGAGUAGAACCGUGUUUAUGUGGUUGGGCAUCAUUCAGUUGAUUCUCAUGGCGUCUUCGGUACCGAUGUAUAUUUUUGGCAAGAGGGCUAGAAUGUGGACUGUUAGAAAGAACUUGAUGGAGAAGUUCUGA